UAGAACAACUAAGAGUAGGGGGAAAAGAUUACGUCAUAAGCACCCCUCUUUGCAUCGACCCGAAAGAAGCAUUCCGUUUUCGAAAACCAAAGAAGGCGGGUUUAGCAGGCACACAGUGCGUUCGGUUGAACUAUGCGUUAGUCGUGGCUCUGGUUUGUGUUUGGUGCGAAAGAGAAAAGCGGGAUAUUGUAGUGUCAGAGAAGACUAUUUAGGAAAAUUCAUUCUCUGUGUGUAGAAAGAAGAACUGUCUUAUGAUUGAGACGGUAGCAGUUAACAAACGGACGGAAACUCAGCUGCAGGUGUUCGUGUCCACACCUGUCUUGUUGCAGGAACAGUUGAAGGUGACGAAACUAUGAAGCCGUGAUUACAAUGUCUUCGUGCCUCUACUAAUGGACGCGAAAAGGAUGCUGCAUGUUUCCGCCUUGAUAGACUAUUUUCUUUCUGAGUGCGUGCGCUUACGCACAGGCCGGGCCCAGUUCGGCCCUUUCACGCACAUAUUCAUCGCUGAUCCGAGGGACGUGCAGGUGUUCGUGUCCAACGCUAAGAACCAAGACAAGACGUUUCUGUACAGAUUCACCGCCGAAGCCAUUGGUGAAGGCCUUGUCUCAAUAUCAGGGGCAAAAUGGAGACGUCACCACAAGAUCAUCGCACCAGCGUUCUUUUCGGAUGUCCUGGAGUCGUUUGUCUCCGUCUUCAACCGCCAUAGUGAUGCUUUUGUGGAGAACCUUCGUAAUCACGCCGAUGGCAAUCCGUUUGACGUGGAACCAGAAUUGGAAACCCUGGCGUUCUCUAUCAUAUGCGAAACCGCCAUGGGAAUUCGAAUGGGCUCUGAAACCGACAAAGAUAGACAAUAUUACAAAGCAUUAGAAGUGGCAUCCGCGCGCGGCGCGCCAAGGUCGAGGCGCUUUCCGCCGCCGCCGCCGCCGCCGGCCCCGCCCCCACCGGCGCGGAGGAGACGCCGC